AUGGCUGAGGAGCACCACCACCACCACCUCCUCCACCACCACAAGGAGGAGGUGCCUGGUGAGGUUGAUUACAAGAAAGAGGAGAAGCAUCACAAGCAUCUUGAGCACCUUGGAGAACUUGGUGCUGCUGCUGCUGGUACCUAUGCCUUGCAUGAGAAGCACGCGGCAAAGAAAGACCCAGAACAUGGUCACAGGCACAAGAUAGAAGAGGAGAUUGCAGCAGCUGCUGCUGUUGGUGCUGGUGGUUUUGCGUUCCAUGAACACCACGAGAAAAAGGAAGCCAAGAAAGAAGACGAGGAAGCUCAUGGAAAGAAGCACCAUCAUCUCUUCUGA